UCCUGCUUGACUUCAUCCUCUGUUUCCCAUUAAAUUCUGUUAUAGGACUUCUUAACUAAUGAGCCUUUUCAACUUCCUGAAAUUCAAGUAACUCGUCAGUUCCAAACUUGCAUGUAAUUACUCUUUUGUAUGAUUUAGGAAUAAAAGAAUUGCUCUAUAGUAAUCUCUUCUUUAUUUACAGGGUACAAACGAAAAGACAUCCACAAAACCAUGCCGAUGAUUCCUGAAUUUUAUUCAACAACAUUGAAGAGGAAAAGAGUGAUUGAGGAACAAGAAUAUGAGUAUUUUCUGAAUAUUUCAGUGCAUCAUGCUGAAGACAUUGAUUCUGUCACAAGACAUCCCGAUGGCGCGAAACGGAUAUAUAGAGUCAUCGGAUGGGUGAAUCCAGGAGAUGAAUUCAUAACUCCUGCAGCAGAAGGAUUGCCAAAUCCAGAGUGGAAUAUAAAAUACCAAGUUCCAUUAGGGAUGUAUGAUCCCUACAAGUACUUGAACUUGGAAGUAGUUCGAGUUUGGUCAAAAUCAGAUCCUGGUACAUCAAGUGGUUGUAUAUUGGUCGGAAGGGCUCAGAUUCCUUUGCCAAAACUUAACCAGAAGAAAGGCGAGCAGCAAGGGGGGAGCCACAGCAGGCGGCAUGGCCUGGUAGCACCACCAGCGGCAGGGUCUGGCGUCGUGGCGGAUGGGCACAUCAUAGUUGCCAUGGAAGUCAAGAGGCGACCAGCCUACUUUUAUGGUAGGUAGUUGAUGUUUUUCUAUUAAACGAUUGAAAAGGAGAAAGAUGUUGAAAUAGCCAAUUAUUUCUCUCCUUUGUUUUUUUUUUAAGUAGAAGGUGGUAGUAUUUUCCUUACUGAAUGUGAUUGUCCAAAAGACAUGGAAGUGUUUCAUCACUUUCUACAGCUACAACAUUUGA